CUGCUUGCUUUAUUGAAAGAUUCUUUCACUUCGGAGUUGCGAAAAUCUGGUUGUAAAUAAUUUUAAGCUUGUGCCAGUUUUCGUACCAGAAGAUGGCUGAAAUGUUCCCUAAAAUCCUGAAAGAAUUCGUCCUAUUUGGCAUUUUUAUUCUACAGAUUUUUCUCAUUACCAAAACGACAUGUUGUCGAGCAAUCCCACAUUCCCGUGGAAAUAUGACAGAAGACUUUGAUACAGAAGUCGGUUCACCGAUACGAAUUAGAUGCACUCUAUUUCGUACUCAACUAAAGCUUAAGAAUUCGACCUUCAACGUGUCUUCUAAAAAUCUACUGAUACAGCAUUUUGAAAAAACACUGGACAACGUCGUUAGCUUGGACGAACGUACCAUAGAAUAUUUUAAUCCAAUCGCCUUUGCUAAUGACACAGGAUGCUAUGCCUGCUAUGUGUCUGUUCCUAGCGCCAAAACCAAGAGAUUUGUAUGUUCUACAUAUAUCUAUGUUCACAUGAAACCAAAUGCUCCGUUAAAUGCAACUUUUAGCAAAGUCACCGCUACUUCCCUAGUGUUUAACUGGAGUUCUCCUUCAAAUAUGCAAUACCUUGCAGUUCCAUCUGGAAUUGAAUAUACAGUCGGUUACAGAUUGGCUGCAGAUCCAAAAUCUUUUAGGGAAGCAAGAGCUUUCUUUCCAGAAGUAGCAGGAGGUUUUGUAAAAUAUAGUCGUUUGAGACCGUAUACGAAGUACGAAUUUGAAGUUCGUUCCAAAUAUGUUUCGGACAGUGAAUUCAUGUGGAGUUCUUACUUGACUGUUCCUGUGAGAACACUUCCCGACGUUCCCUACUUGAGACCAGAAAUCACAAAUUCUUCAUUUAUUAUUGAAGCUACUGAAAUCACUAAAAUCUCACCUGACAUUAGAACAGUAACUCUUUAUUGGAAGAGCAUACCUGCUGCUCACGAAAAUGGACCAGACUUCCAGUAUAUGAUUAGAAUUUCAUCUCAAAACCGGCUGCAAAGGACGGCCUCUGUUGGCAAUGAAACAUCUUAUAGUUUUGAAAAAUUGAGAGUGAACUUAUGCUACAAGUUCGAAUUAUUUGCCAGCAAUAGUGUUGGGCCUUCCUCCAAUAUUUCAACAAUAGUUAUUGAAGCAGAUAAACUGAUUGAUGGACCCAAGGAAAUCAUCGUGCGUUCAGACGGAAGUGAAUACAAUAUUCGCUGGAAAGCUCCGGAAAUUGCAGUGAAAUUUUACACUUUGUUUUGGUGUGAAAGAGCAGUGCGACGUCGUGGAGGAUGUGUAGGUUCUCUGGAAUGGUUGCAUCUAUCAGAGACUAAACACGUUCUCAAACUGUCUGAUAGCAAGCUUUAUCAGUUCGCGGUGUCUGCAAAUACCGAAGAUCGGACAUCAGGAAUGGUUGAGGCUUCUUGCCAUUUUACUAGUGUUAAUGUAUUUUCCUACGCACCUCAUAUUUGUGAGCGCUUGAUACAAAUCAUUUCUGCGAACCCAAGUCUUAGCUUUUUAUACAUAUGAACGAAACGGAAUUUCAUUCUAUGAAAGUUUUAUUCUUUUAUUCUGAAGCUUUAAAAAGAUAUUUUAAUGUGAAUGAUUGAAUUUUUAUUCCAUAUUUCUCAAAUAAGUAAUAAAAAUCUUACUUUAGUUCUUUUCAAUUGUGAUUUCAAAUUUUUUAGACUACACAUUAAUUCACCUCGCUUUUUAAAUGAUACUGGGAAGAUUUCAAAUGCUUUUUUAGUAAUUACCUAUUUGUUUAGUAACGGCUGUUAAUGACAAGUGAAACUUUCUGCAGUGUAUUACUAAAUGUUAUAAAAGUAAUUUUAAUUCAUCUCCUGUUCGUUGUAACAUAAAUUUUAACAAUUUGAUGUGAUUAUUACUGUAACUUUCUCUGAAUAAAAACAUCA